CAUUUUCUUAGGGCAGGCCAACCCUUUGAAUUUUGCCGAGCUUCGCCCAGUGGCAGCUAGCCCGCCGCAAAAACAUCACCAUCCACUUCCCCGUCCAUUUCGACGCACAACCACAGCAAAGCGACAAUCAGCCAACACCGUCGCCAUGCCUACCCGUACCUCGAAGACCCGCAAGCACCGCGGCCACGUCUCUGCCGGAAAGGGUCGUGUCGGCAAGCACCGCAAGCAUCCCGGAGGUCGCGGUCUGGCCGGUGGUCAGCACCACCACCGUACCAACAUGGACAAGUACCACCCUGGUUACUUCGGUAAGGUUGGUAUGAGGUACUUCCACAAGCAGAAGAACCACUUCUGGAAGCCCGUCAUCAACCUGGACAAGCUCUGGUCCCUCGUCCCCACCGAGACCCGCGAGUCCUACAUUGCCGGCGAGAAGAAGGACACCGUCCCCGUCCUCGACCUCCUUCCCCUCGGCUACUCCAAGGUCCUCGGCAAGGGCCGCCUCCCCGAAAUUCCCCUGGUUGUCCGCGCACGCUGGGUGAGCAAGCUGGCUGAGAAGAAGAUUUCUGAUGCUGGCGGUGUUGUUGAGCUGGUGGCGUAAGGUACUUUCUCUCUUUUGAAAAUGAAAAAGAGCAUUUUUUGCAAGAGAGAAGGGGGCAUUUGGCAAUGACAGGAAAAGGGACACUCAUACAUCGUGGGCGAUUUUGCGGAGUUCGGGUGGGAAUGAUUUAUAUCAACAACUUCCCCCUUUUUCAAGGUUCUUCAGAAAUGAAAUGAAUGAACGAAGACAAAAACAACUUUCAAAAACACCACACUUGCGCGCACCCAAGACUGCGAUGCGGGACCGGCUUGGUUUCGAGAGGCCGGAAUGACUGCCUACCGUGGAUCAUGUCGACAGUGACUGCUGGAGACAGACGCCGGCUGCGCUUCACAGAUAUGAGGUCAAAGGUGGAGGA